AUUUGUUGGUUGCAGCGUCAAGAUUUUCCAACUUCGUCGUGAUCUCCGAGGAAGUCUCGUUGCUAUAACAUUCCAUUCUUUUGAAGACAACAGCUCUGCCUCGGCAAAAGGUGCCUGGCACAAGUCCAUCGAGGACUACUUCUCAGCCCCUCCUCAUACCAACAGUUUCUCUCCCUGAUAUCACCUUGUUGGCAUGCCUUACCUUUCGGAUUUGGGAGGCCAAGAGCCUUCCAGUGCCAAUGAUGUUCCCAUUGCCAUCAUUGGACUUUCUUGCAGGUUGCCUGGAGAAGCAUCGACCCCCACAGCGUUCUGGGAUAUGCUGCUGAAAGAAAAAUCGGCUUUCUCAAAUAUUCCACCAGACCGGUGGGAGACAAGCUCGUUCCAUGAUCCACUCAAGAAGCGCUUGAACACUUCCGUGGCAUCAGGCGGCCAUUUUAUGAGGCAGAACAUUGCUGCAUUUGACGCCAACUUCUUCAACAUCAGUCAAAAUGAAGCCAACGCCAUCGACCCUCAACAAAGGAUGUUGCUUGAGGUGUCGUACGAGGCGAUGGAGAAUGCGGGUGUUUCGAUGCACUCUCUCGCAGGCACCAAGACCGGGUGUUUCAUUGGAGCCUUCACGAAUGAUUACCGAGAGAUCAUGUUCCGAGAUCCGGACGCCGCCCCCAAGUACGCGGCAACCGGGGCUGGGGCUGAACUUUUGUCGAAUCGCUUAUCGUGGUUCUACGACUUUCGUGGGCCUAGCGUCACCAUGGGGACAGCAUGCUCCUCUGGACUUGUGGCCCUCCACCUGGCAUGCCAAAGCAUUCGUGCCGGCGAAUCCACAACGGCGCUCGUCGGAGCCACAAAUCUCUUGCUAGAUCCUACCAUGUUCAUAGGUCUGACAAGGCACCAGUUUUUGUCGCCAGACGGCCUUUGCAAGAGUUUCGAUGCCAGCGGCGACGGAUACAGUCGAGGAGAAGGCAUUGCUGCGUUGCUCUUGAAGCCGGUCGCUCAGGCUAUUCGAGAUGGUGAUCAUAUCCGGGCCGUCAUUCGCGGUACCGGUGUGAACCAGGACGGCAAGACCAAGGGAUUGACGGUCCCCAGUGUCGAUGCACAGGCUGAACUCAUCCGCACCACAUAUGAAUCUGCGGGCAUCGACUUCAAGGACACGCAUUACUUCGAAGCUCACGGACCCGGAACGAAGGCAGGUGACCCCGUGGAACUCGAAGCCAUUUCGAGAACAAUCAGCAAAGGACGCAGCGAGCGAAACAAGCUUAUUGUUGGUUCUGUCAAAUCGAACAUUGGCCAUCUGGAGUCGGUGGCUGGACUUGCUGGCCUGAUCAAGUCUGUAUAUAUCCUGGAGACUGGCACAAUACCGGCGAACCUACAUUUCAAAACUCCAAACCCAUCAAUUCCAUUCGACAAAUGGAAAAUCAUGGUGCCGACAACGAGGAUGGCAUGGCCAGCCAAGGGACCUCGACGAAUCAGCGUCAAUUCAUUCGGAUAUGGUGGUACGAAUGCUCACGCUGUUCUUGAGGAUGCAUACCACCAUUUGCAGGAGUCUCGCUACGUUGCAUUGCUUCCCACUGUCACCGAACCUCUGAAGUCAGCACUGAAGAAGACCAUCGUGCAGAGGAUCGACGGCGAUGAUGUCAAUCAAGGUGAUCAGGUCGAUGAUUCAACCAAACUGCCUGGUGAGAUGUUGUUCGUCUUCAGUGCGCGUGAUCAGCCUGGGAUGAAGAGAUUGAAGGAGUCCACAGCACAGUAUUUGAAAUCGAAGCUGCACGAAGCCGCGGAUGGGCUUGACGAAGGUUCAUUGCUGCAAGAUCUGGCAUUCACACUUAGCAACAAGCGCACCAAGCAUAUCUGGAAGACCUAUAUUACAGCGUCAUCGACUGGCGAUCUCAUUGAAAAGAUUGAAGCCAGUGACAUCGGCAGCCCGUCGGGACGUCCCAUAGCCGAGAUCCCUCGCGUUGCCUUUGUGUUCACUGGUCAAGGAGCCCAGUGGGCCAGAAUGGGCGUUGAGUUGCUCCGUUACAAGAUCUUCCGCGACAGCGUGGAGGCGGCAACUGAGUAUCUGUCGACGGAUCAAGGAUGCCCGUGGAAUGCAUUGGAGGAACUGCUCAAGGACAACAAAUCUUCCAAUAUCGACCUUCCAGAGUAUAGCCAGUCGCUUUGCACGGUAGUGCAAGUUGCUCUUGUCGAUCUCCUGUCUUCGUGGAAUGUCAGCCCUACAUCGGUCGUUGGUCACUCAAGCGGAGAAAUAGCUGCAGCGUACUGUAUCGGCGCCAUCAGCAGGCAAGCAGCUUGGAAGAUAGCGUACCAUCGAGGCGUGCUGUCGUCACAACUCAAGAGCCUUGCACCAGAGCUCGAAGGAGCCAUGAUGGCUGUUGGGGCCUCGGAAACUCAAGCGCAAGAGUACAUCCAACAAGUCAAGGAAGGGGAAUUGGUCGUGGCUUGUGUCAACUCACCGUCCAGUGUCACUGUGUCUGGAGACGCAGUUGGAAUACGCCACCUUGCGGGCAUCCUCAAAGAUUUGAAUGUCUUUCAUCGCCAACUGAAGGUGAACACGGCCUACCAUUCGCCGCAUAUGCAUACCAUCUCAACCAUGUACAUGCACUCUCUGAGUGAUGUGCAAGCCCAGAAAUCUAUCGAAGGUCGUCAGAUGUUUUCGAGUGUGAGCGGAGAUCUUGCGGACCCCUUUGAACUAGGGGCCAUGAAUUGGGUCAGGAACCUUGUGUCGCCGGUUCUUUUCACGAAUUCUGUGUCCGCUCUGUUACAAACAGGUCCAGAUGGAAGGCGUUCCGCAAGCCCAAGUAUCGACCUGUUCAUCGAAAUCGGGCCGCACCCGGCACUUCGCGGGCCUGUCAAUCAGAUCAUGGACAGCCUUGGAAUCAAAGGUAUCGAAUACCGGGCCUUGCUCCAUCGGGGUCAUCCAGCCGUCGAUUCUGCGCUGGGGUGUUCUGGAGAUCUCCAUGUUCUAGGAGUGCCCGUGGAUGUUGCGAAGAUCAACGAAAGUCCUACUGGGAGAACUCCUCGAAUGCUCGUCGACCUGCCACCAUAUUCAUGGAAUCAUUCGCGCACCUUUUGGGGCGAGUCUCGGCUAGCACAGCAGUUUCGCCUUCGUAAAUUUCCGUCAAUUGGCCUCCUUGGAGCACCCUAUCCUUCCCUCAACAAUAACGAGGCAAUAUGGCGUGGCUUCCUCCGCAUCGAGGAAGAGCCCUGGAUUGAAGACCAUCAAAUCCAGUCCUCAAUACUGUAUCCCGCUGCUGGCUAUCUCGCCAUGGCCAUCGAAGCAGCUCGACAACUCAGCGACGUCAACCGAAAGGUUAGUGAUUUCAGACUUCGGGAUGUGAUAAUCUCCUCGGCAGUUGUUCUCAAGGAAGGAGAAGACAUCGAAUGCGUUUGUCAGCUCAAGCCUCACCAGCUUGGAACCCGAGAUACAUCGUCGAGUUGGUGGGAGUUCACAAUUUCCACCUGUGCGGCCGGGACAAGCCAGUUGAAAGCGAAUUGCACUGGUUUGAUCUUGGUUGAGUACUGUGUGGCAGAGAACAGUGCAGCCCAGAGUGAGAUCAACCAGGAGAACAAAAGUCUGAUGGCAGCCUUCAAGGACAUGGAAAAAGAGUGCAUCAGCAAAGAGCUGGCCGCUGAAUUCUACAAGGAGCUUGCCUCCAUAGGGCUCGUGUACGGACCAGCCUUUCGCUGUGUCACAAGCGUCGCCCAUUGUGCUGGCAAAAGCGUCUGUGACGUCCAGGUCCCCAACACAAACUCGACCGCUGCUGAAGUACAGCAUGGCAGACCACAUAUCAUCCAUCCAGCAACACUCGAUGCGAUUUUUCAUCUUGCAUUUGCAGCAUUGAAAGGAAAUUCAGGCACCUUGAAAGAGGCCAUGGUACCAACUGCAAUUGACGAAGUUGUUGUUGCUGCCAAUACUCCUUUCCAAGAAGAUUCGCUGUUCAGAGGCUUCUCAACAGCCGCCAGACACGGUAUGAAGGAGCUCAAAGCAGAUAUAGUGAUGCUUGAUGAGACGGUUGAGGACCCUUUGGUCAGAAUUCGGGGCUUCACCUGUGCUGCAUUCUCGGGUUCAGGUGUCGACACGUCUGCAGAAGAUGAAGAGAUGACAGAGAGGGGAAUGUGCAGCAAGCUGGUCUGGAGGCCAUGCCUUGAUCUCCUUUCCGUUGAGGGACAAUUUGAGCUUUUCAAAGCAGUUGGCCAACACACAAUGACCGCUGAGGAGUCUGGACACUUCAACAAAUCCGAGUAUCUGGCUUUGAUGUUCAUGCGGCAAAUUCUGGACCGUGUGAAGCCCAGCAGUGUGGCGCCUGAAGCGCACCUUCGGAGACUUUAUGAGUGGAUGAAGAACCAACAAGACCUUGUCGUGGCCCGCAAGCACCCACUUCAGCACUCAUUCGGCGACGGUCUACCAGAUCAGAUUGCAAAAGCCGCCAACUCGGAGUUCCAUUCUUUGGAUUCGGAUGACGAGAAGCUGUAUUUGACGGCAACGGUCUUAACACAGAUCCUCCUUGGGCAGUUGAAGGCGGAGCGACUCAUGCUAGAGGAGAGCCUUGUGGACCGAUAUCUCUCGAAUACUCCGGGAGUCAGAGCGUGCGCCAGUAAGCUCGCUGAUUUCGUGGACAUGGUCCUCUUCUCGUACCCCAAUGCUUCAAUUCUGGAGCUUGGAGGUGCUAGUGGCGGCGUUGCUACCAAGAUCCUCACCAAGAGACGAGGUAUCUUUACCAAUUAUACAUACGCGUGCCCCACGGAAGCGAUGCGAGGCCUUGCUGAGGAGAGUCUGAAACCAUGGAGCUCCUCGUUGCAGUUCCUGGUCGAUGAUAUCAGCGCAAAGGGACGGAAAACGACGGAUAUGCAGACAUACGACAUCAUUAUCGCUCCUAACGCGCUAUACGGUGCCGAGUCCAUCGAGUUUGCCCUUGUUGAUCUGAAACGGAUGCUCAAUCCCGGCGGGCGAUUAUGUUUGAUCGAGACCACAAAGCCUGGUGUCCAGUUGUCGUGUGCUUUAGGUUGUCUUCAAAGCUGGUGGAGGAGAAGAGGCGAAAAUGGGGUCAUGAACGAAAGUGAUUGGGUUGCGCUUCUCAACCAUGCAGGCUUCGAGAUCGUCUUGCAAUGCGCCGACUUUGAGGACGAAAAUUGUCAACAAUUCAGUCUUGUGGUGGCUCAGGUGCCUGAUCCCACCUUCAACACAAUUGUGCCCGGAAAAGAACUCAACAUCGUCGAACCUCGAGAUCCUACGCGAGUCUCAGCUGCGCUGGGUUCCAAAGUAACUCUCGAGCUCACUGAGGCUGGAUGUCGAUGCAGCCGUGUCAAGUGGGGUGAUGAGUCUGCGUUGCAGUCCAGCGGCAAUUUCAUCGUGCUUGCGGAAGUGGAUGAGGCUUUACUGCCAACGAUGAAUGCCGAGGAUUUCUUAUUCCUGCAAUCCCUCAUCUUGAAAGCUUCAGACGUGCUCUGGGUCACUUCUCACGAUCAACCGACGGCAUCAAUGGCGUCGGGGCUCGCCCGUAGCGUCCGCAAUGAAUCAGCAAAUAUCCGCUUCCGCACAUUGCAAGCAAUGCCGAAGUCUCUGGAAGUGCCCGAUCGUCUGGCUUCGCAUAUCGCCAAGCUCACGAUGUCCCAAUGCUCAGACAGCGAAUUCGUCGAGAAAGAAGGCGCCUUGCAUAUUAGCCGUGCGCUCCAGGAUGGAGCAUUCAACGAAGAACUAUCGGCCUAUCUCCAUGGUGGUAAGGUCGAACUGAUGCCACUGGGCAAAUGCCACGGGCCUCAAAAGAUCCACAUUGGGUCUCCGGGGAUGCUUGAUUCCCUGCAAUUCGAGGCUGAUGACCUAGCGUGGUCAAGCUUGCAGCCGGGGCAAGUCGAGAUCGAGGUGAAAGCAACAGGUAUUAACUUCCGAGAUGUCAUGGUUGCCAUGGGCCAAAUCCCUGAUAGCUUGUUCGGCUUUGAAGCUAGCGGAGUGAUCACACGCGUAGCAAGCGACGUGACCUCCCUCCAGCCCGGUCAGCGAGUUUCUUGUCUCGGGCACGGUGCACACAGGACCCAUUACCGGAGUCCUGCUGCAUUCUGCCAGCUUAUUCCUGACGACAUUACAUUUGAGGAAGCCGCUGGUUUGCCGUUAGUACAUGCUACAGCAUAUCACGCACUGGUCAAUGUAAUGCGGGUCCAGAAGGGCCAGACGAUUCUCAUUCAUGCCGCAGCCGGUGGUGUGGGACAAGCAGCUAUCCAGCUGGCACAGCACCACGGAAUGGAGAUCUUUGCCACCGUCGGCUCGGCGGACAAAAGAGCUUUGUUGCAAGAAGUCUAUGGCAUUCCGGAUGACCAUAUCUUCCACAGCCGUGACAAUUCCUUUGCAAAAGCGGUCAAACGAAUGACAGGCGGACGCGGAGUUGACUGCAUCCUCAACUCGCUGGCAGGAGAGCAGCUGCGACAGACCUGGCACUGUAUAGCUCCCUUUGGCACAUUUGUGGAGAUUGGUCUGAAAGACAUAUUGGCCAACACACGUCUUGAUAUGAGACCUUUCAUUCAAGACGCCACUUUCUCGUUCUUGAACCUCCAGCACGUUACAACGGCUCGACCAGAUCUCAUGGCUGCCAUACUCGAAGGGACAUUCGAUCUUCUUCGGAAAAAGGUAACUCGACCAGUUUACCCCUUGACCACAUUCUCUGUCUCAGACAUGGAGAACGCGUUCCGCAUCAUGCAAGCUGGCAGGCAUCGAGGCAAGCUCGUCCUCUCAUUCUCGCCAGAAGAUGUCGUCAGAGUGCAUCGCAAUCCCUCAGCGGAGCUAAAGCUAAAGGCAAAUGGCACAUAUGUUCUUGUGGGAGGGUUCGGAGGCAUUGGGAACAGCUUGGCUCGCCUGCUGGUCGAGCAUGGGGCGAGACACAUCUGCAUCCUGUCCCGCUCUGGCCCCUCGUCGGAUGAAGCAAAGGAAUUGCUGGCAGACCUGAAGAAGCAGGAUGCCACAGUUAGAGCAUACCCGUGCGACAUCGCCGACGAGUCUGCGCUCGAGAAGGUGUUACAAACCUGCCGGACCGACAUGCCGCCCAUCAAGGGGGUGUUCCAGUGCGCAAUGGUGCUGCGAGACGUCCUUUUCGAAAGAAUGAGUCACCAACAGUGGACUGAAUCCAUCAGGCCAAAGGUGCAAGGAACGUGGAGCCUUCACCAGCAUCUUCCAAAAGAUCUUGACUUUUUCAUCAUCCUCAGCUCGUUCGCUGGGGUUUUUGGAAACCGUGGGCAAGCCAAUUACGCAGCUGCUGGUGCUUAUGAGGAUGCAUUUGCUCAUUACCGUCGAAGCAUAGGCCUCAAAGCGGUAUCGAUCGAUCUCGGCAUCAUGAGAGACGUCGGAGUCCUGGCCACAGGGACCGCUAACGCCAGCCGUGAUCUGAAAGAUUGGGAGGAGCCUUUCGGAAUACGUCAAACAGACCUACACGCUCUGCUACGCAAGGUCAUGGAGAGCGAAAUGGCCGGCAGUGAUGAUGUCGAAGCACAAAUCCUUACCGGCUUUGCCACGGGAGGCGGAGUAACAGCAGCCGGGAUUCGGCGACCCUUUUAUUAUGACGAUCCUCGAUUCUCGGUGCUGGAGUGGACAGGCCAUCGAGUGAAGGACGGAACGGGUAAUGGAGACGCGGAGCUAUCCCUCAAGGUUCGACUGACGGGCGCUGUGUCUCUUGAGAGUGCCCAUGAAAUAGCUACCCGAGGUAUAGUCGAGAAGGUUGCGAGCAUGAUGCAGACAUCGGUCGAGGAAGUUGACAGCGGUCGUCCAUUGCACACAUACGGUGUGGACUCGCUCGUUGCAGUCGAAAUUCGCAACUGGCUGACCAAGGAGGCAAAGGCCGACGUGACAGUCUUCGAUAUUCUGGCCGCAGUGCCGAUCAUGUCAUUGGCGCGGACUGUCGUGUCCAAGAGCGCACUGGUAGCCAAGGCCUGAAGGGUUUGUAGAGCAGUUUAUGGACCAAAAGAUGUGUACCGUACGUGUCUACAGAGACCUCAUUGCUUAGGUAGCUGACAAGCCUGAAUGUCGUGGGAGUGCCCAAACUUGGCAGCAAUUCCAACCCGAGUGAAGAAUGCUUGUGCUUUGCUAAG